AUGACAGUCUCGAACCUUUUAUCUUAUGCACUUCUAGCUUUGGUGGCUUCUUCCCAGCCAAUUCUCAUCAAAAGAGACGAUGAGUUCCCUACUUCUAUUGGCUAUUUGGGUACUUUUACCACUGGUUCUGCUCCUUUCCUUGCUCAAACCGAUGACGCUGCUGCUGUUACCGGUACUCCAACCUCUAGUUAUACUAUGCCUCAACCUUUGGAGACAAAUAUCCAAGGCUCCGACUCUAGUGCAGGGGACAAGAACAUCUUCGAGUUGAUGGGGACUUAUUCCCCUUACCACGUCCCAAGUCUGCCUUGGGAUAAUGUCUACGACUAUGCUUUACCAAAUCAAUGUAGAAUCGUUCAGGCUCACUCAUUAUCAAGACAUGGCUCAAGAUAUGAUACCAGUGAAUCCAAAUUACCAGCCUGGAUUAAAGCUAACCCAGGAUUCACAGCUUCCGGCGACUUAGAAUUUUUGAACACCUGGAGUUUGAAUAAUGGUCUCGCUGAACUUGGCACCUAUGGUAAUCAGCAGUUAUUUGAUCAAGGUGUCAACAUGUUUUUCAGAUACGGGGCUCUUCUCAACUACACCAGCAACCCAGAUUACAAAAAGGUUGUUGCCAGGGCUACAUCUUUAGAAAGAGUCACUCUGUCUGCUGAAUAUUUCUUGAAUGGGUUCUUUGGUUUGAAUUGGCAAAAUUUUGCUGACUUGGAAGUUCAAAUUCAACAAACUGGCUUCAACAGCACGUUGUACCCAGACUCAAUUUGUCCUGCUAAAACUAUUUCUGAAGCAGAUGAUAUCUCAAGCAGUUUCGAGCAUACCUAUUUGCAUUCUACUAAAAAGAAUCUUAACAACCUUGUCAGUGGCGCACAAUUGAGUAACAAAGAGGUUUUUUCCAUGCAAAGAUUAUGUACCUUUGAAACCAAUACUUUGGGAUACUCCAAAUUCUGCAAUUUGUUCACUCAAGAAGACUGGCAAAAUUGGGAGGUGUUGAAAGCCUACAAGUAUUACUAUGAAAAUGGUUAUGGUAAUCCAACUUCUAAGGCUAGAGGUAUCGGUUGGAUUGAUGAGUUCGCCAGUAGAUUAACUGGUAAACCAUUUAAUACAUCAAAAUUGACAUCUCAAAAUUUGACCUUCGAUUCUGAUUCCUCGUACUUCCCUGUUGACCAAAACCUUUAUUUGGAUUUCUCCCAUGAUACCGUUAUUGUUAACAUCUUAACAGCGUUAGAUUUGGACAUUUUCAAAGUCAAUUAUCAAGUCGAUAAGAAACAAGGAACAAUCCAAUCUGAUAACGAUAAUUGGAGAGUCUCUGAUAUUGUACCAUUCGCCGGACAUUUGGUGUUUGAAGUCAUUGAAUGUGACGAACCAGUUCCAAGCGAUAGAUCUGCAGAAAGCCAACAAGGACAAACUAUCAAAUAUGUGCAUGCUUUAUUAAACGACAGAACUUUACCGUUAGAUCAAAGAUCAAUUUCUCUGUGUGCAGAAAGAGCUGACGGUUGGUGUGAAUUUAACACUUUUGUGAGUUACUUGGAAUCGUUACACGAUGAAGCAAUGUUUGACUAUUCUUGUUAUGGUAGCUAUAGCUCUGAUCCUGUGACUAAUGGGGUUCCUAGCACCUCUUAA